AUAAACGUGCUGCUCAUGGACGCGGUGAGAGGAGCCGGCUGUGGAGUAUCUUUAGCUCGCUUGUCAGCAGUGUAGUAGCUCUCUAAAAUGUACUCCGUUUUAAUAAACGCGGUGUUGUCCAGCUCUCCUGAUCACGACCUGCUGUUCGAGUCUCUGACCUGGCCGAGUGACUCGUGGCCGGGGACGGAGCGGGUCGAGGCGCUGGCAGCCUUCAUCGAAGGACUCGCACCGCUUUUGGCUGACGCGACUACGUUUUCAGCGGCGAAAAGAAACUCUAUCAAAGAUAAGAUUGAGUCAGUGAUCUGGAGCCAGUGUCUGCCUCUGCUCUGCAGGAUAUCGGCAGAAGCCGGUGGGGACAUGCGGUGCAGGGAGAGCACCGCUGCUGCCUGCAGACUUGUGAGUAUCUGUGUCCCGCUGUGUGACGAGGCUGUGCCGGGGCGAGUGGCUCUGUCUGUCCUGCCGUGGCUCAAGCUGUCAGAGGAGGAGGUUCACGCUCCGGGACGACUCAGUGUGGAGGUUGCAGUUGAAAUCAUGGCUGCUCUUGUACCCUCUCUGUCAGCGGAUGAGCAGCUCUCCACGGUGUCAUCAGCCUUGUCAUGCAUCAAAACACUCCCUGAUGCUCUGGUUUCUAAAAUCACAGUCAGGCUUCUGUUAACUGUCCUGAGCUCCUGCAGCGGUGCGAGGUCAACAAGCAUCCUCAGCUUGAUCCUGGAUGACCUGUGCAGCUGGCACGCCUCUGACCGCUCACCUGUGGUCACCGAGCGGGCGCUGCUGUGCCUGACCGCCCUGUCAGACCACCUGCUGAAACCCUCCUCUUCUUCCUCCUCUUCUUCCUCCUCCACCUGUGAGCCUCGUCUGUCCCUUCAGUUCUGGAGGAUGGUUCAGGAUGGACUGACGCACAGAGACAGCGUGUCACGUAAAAGGGCGUUGUACCUGUUGAAAAUGUGCGUGUCCCUGUCAGAGGAGGAGGGGGUGGACUGUCCUCUCUGUCCAUUAGAGGACGGUGAGAUCUUGUUCAGAUGGGCCUCUCACACCAGCACGUUGCUUCGAGAGUUCUGGGAGGAUUAUGCUCUGGUGAUGGAGACCCUGGAGGAGAACCAGAUUCAUGUCGUCCGGCCAGUUUUAAACAGAAUAGACACGUUGAUUCAAACAACAGUGAAAGAUAGUCAAGCUUCAGGUGAAGUCCUCUUCCACCCCUCCUGGCUGCUGUGUGUUUACCAGCGCAUGUUCCACAGUGAGAAUAAAUCCUUAAUGAGAGAGGGAGUGUGUCAUCUGCUCGAGCUGCAGGUCCUCCAGCAGCCAGCUUUUUCUUUGGCCUUUUCUCAGUUUAUUGUUGGCCCUUUUAUGGAUGUUCUGUCUGAAUCUUCACUCUUCCAAAGGUCAGUUGGGCAGAGUGUAGGAGAAUGUCCUGAUCUCGGGGCUAAACUCCAAGUCUUCAUGACCACCUUCUUCAGCAGCUUACCAUCCGAGCACAGAGGCAGAAUAUUGCUGCAGAUGAUUCAGCAUCUGUGCAGCAAGCACUGGUGUGCGGUACCCCUCCUCUUCCUCACCCAGGCUCUAUCCAGACUCCCCCCGAGUCCACUGCUGGGGGUCGAGGGGCUCACUGCUCUCAGAGAGGUGCUGCGCUGCACCAUGAUCACUCAUCAGGUCCUGCUGAGAGGUGCCUCUCAGUGCUUCCUCCUGAAGAGCGCCCUCAGUCUCACAGAAGUGAGCGCAGUGACCCUCGAUGAUGUUUUUAGUUUCCUGAUGGAUUUUCGUGCAGACGAGUCACUGCGUAGAGGGACGCAGAUAUGGAAUCAGGUGUGUGCCUGGCUGUUGGAAAACGAAGGCCGUUUCAAGCUGAGGAUUAUGGAUGAAAAUUGUACUGAUGCUUCCACAAAGCAAGAAUCUGUAAAAGGCUACAUUCAAAGUGAGAUACACAGCUUUCUCCGAGUCCCAGCCAGCACGGGUCACACUGAGAGGUUACCCGACUCCAGAGAGGCCGAUAAGUUGGCCCGUGCCAUUCUGCUGUUUGUGGACAUGGAGAGGAAUCAACUCGGAGCAGAGGUCGGUAACACUCUGGAGAUGUUACUGUCUCCGCUGCUGGACACCCUGAGCAGAGUCAGCACCAACAUCUACUUGCCUCUGCGCAAGAGUGACAAGAGCCUGCAGCUCGUGCUCCGACUGCUCCAGCUUGGAGAAACACCAAGCUGUCAGCAUGCUGGAGAGGAGCAAGUAGAUAAUGUGAUGGUUGCCAUGGAGAGGCUCAUUUUUAAACACGUUGAUUCAAUCCAGGAGUUUAUUUUGAGGCGGCUAUGCGGUGAGCUGCAUGAGCUGUUUGAUGUGGAGCGGGCUGAGUUGUAUCUGAGUUUCCUGAGGCAGCUGGUGGUCAUGUACAGUUCUACUCCACAGCAUCACAGUAAAAUGCAGCAGACCUAUUUCCCCAAACUCAUCAAGUACAGUCUGAAGGUCUUACAAGAACCAAGCCAGCUGAUCCUCUCACUUGCAAGCCAGGUGGCUAAAGCGGUUGCGAUGGCAUCUCUGGCUACGGUGUGUGGUCUGCUGGAAGUGACUGACAUCCGAUCAGACACCAUUUCUGCUCUGAAAUCACUGAACGACUACUUCUACAAUCAAGAGUCAGCUUCUUCCCAAAGUCAGUCCUCUUUAGGAAACCUUAAUAAAUGCCUGGGAAAACCACAGACAGGAGACGGUUCAAGUGAUGUGGGAGUGCAGGGUCGUCAGCUGAAGAACUGGGGACGCAUUGCUGCCAACUUUAUGCGGGACCAAUGGAUUUGUCUGAGCUUCCUGAUUAAAGCUGUUGGGAUUCCUGAGUCCGUACAGAUUUUCAAAGCAUCUGAGACUCUUAAGGCCGCUCUGAGCUGCAGUGUGGAGGCCCUGGCUCUGCUGCCCAGUGACCUGGUGCUGCCUGUGCUCAGCUUUAUGGAGACAGUGUUGCCACAAUUAUUGCUUCAUGAGGAGGCCCUGUGUGUGGAGGCUGUGACAGUGAGCUGGGAGCUGGUGCAGGGGCUGAGCAACGCCGCCCAUGACUUCUGGCCGGCCCUGAAAGGCUUCGUCUCCAUGGCCUUCCACAGUAAACUGCUCGAGCUGACACACACUUCUGCUCCGACACUUUUGGCCACCUUGAAACAGAUUGCCACUGAGCUGAUGGAGCUGUCUCAGUCAAAGAGCGGAGUGUUCGGUGUGCUGCUUCAACACUGCUGUCACACAUGGCUGCCCACAGACCGAGGCAGCGGUGACACAGCCGGCACCGUGUUUUCUAGUGUUUUCAGCCACAUCAACAUCCUCGCUGAGGCUUGUGUGUAUGGACCAGUGUUCAGACGAGAUCAACGGCUCAUCCAGGAUGUCCAAACAUACGUGGAGCAACUUGGUGAAGAGUGUGCUGCCAAUGUUGCAGUUACAAGUGAUAACAGGGAUGACCAGCUGCCCCGCACAUGUGUACUCGCUUUCCUCAGCCGCCUGGAUUCCUCUAAUCUGCAGCAUGAAAGACUGAUGGAAGAAUUAGUUAUGGAUUUGUUAAAAAGGGAUAAUGACAUAUCAAAGUCAAAAGUGCGUUACUAUAGCAACUCCCUGCAACAUCGUGUCAAGAACAGAGUGUGGCAAACGCUGCUGCUGUUGCUGCCCAAACUCAGAGAGGAGUUUGUCUCCACUGUACUCAACUGUGUGUUUGAAGCUGGAUUCUGCAGCAACCAGGCCUCAGUCAAGUACCUGAUCGAGUGGAUGAUGAUUCUGAUUCUCGUGCGGUAUCCACAACACAUGGACAGCUUUUGGGCCUGCUUCUACAGGGAUCAUGAAAAGACCAAAACAAGCGUCUGCACCUUCUUGUCAGUCCUGGUGCAUUUCAGUGUCAUCCUUCCUAAUCUGAAGGAUGAGGCUGCGCACCUGCGUAAAGCGCUGGACAUCAUCCUGCAGUGGUGCUUCAACCAUAACUUCAGCGUGCGUCUGUAUGCCUUACUGGCUCUAAAGAGGGUGUGGGGCUUGGCUGGGGGCCGGGCAGAGGAAGGGGCCGAUGGUUUUGGAGGGGUGUCCACAGUGAUCAAGGCCUGUCUGAACCAGGCUGAGGCGAUGCAGAGCACCGGAAAUGCCAACAAGAACUGGACGAGGAUUCAGGAGCACUUCUUCUUUGGUGCCUUUCAUCCAAUCAGGGAUUACAGUGUUGAGACCAUAUUCUAUACUUUCCCCAGUCUGUCAGAGUUGGUGGAUGAUGAGUGGAUUCCACCCUGGAAGUUUGAGAUAUUGUCGUGUUUCUCUGAAAGUCCAUCUUUUCCUCUGAGAAAUCCUGCUCCUGACCUGAGCCUGCUCCAGCCUGGAGACUGGAUCCAGCAAGACAAAGGUGAACAGAAUAAGGAGGAGCGCUGGGCAGAGGUGCAGAAGAAGAUCACUCCCUGGCGGUUGGGGAUCCAGGAGCAGGAGCCUGAACUUCAGCUCGUUCCACAUCAGAGGGCUGCUCGCCUGGGCAAACUGCACAGCGCUCUGCUGGUGGUAGCCUCGCUUAUCGACAAGCCCACCAAUUUAGGAGGUCUGUGCAGGACCUGUGAGAUCUUUGGUGCCAGCGCUCUGGUUCUGGACAGCCUCCGGCACGUCAGUGACAAACACUUUCAGUCCCUGAGCGUCUCCUCUGAGCUGUGGCUUCCUCUCUUAGAGGUGAAGCCAGUGGAGCUGGCUGACUUCCUGCAGGUAAAGAAGAGUGAGGGGUACUGUAUUGUUGGAGUGGAGCAGACAGCCAACAGUCAGAGCCUCCAGGACUACCAGUUCCCUGAGAAGACCCUGCUGCUCCUCGGGUGUCCUGUUUCCUUUUACCCUGUUCAGUCACAGAGGUGCGAGCAGAGCUGUUGGCUUAAACACCCGCCGUGUGAGCUGAAUCUUGAGUGCUCCCUCACAGCUGUGUUCUCCCCGGCACAGCAUGGCCCGGCUCUAAUCUCUCAUCAGGUCGCCAUUAUCUCACCCAGUUGCACUCACUAUAAAUGUAGCACAUCAAAUCCGGCGUUCUGACUGUGUGGCACCCUCCGUGGACUCAUUGAACGCCAAACUCAUU